AUGUCCUCCGAGGAGGCGGUGCAGGAGGUGCGGCGCAUCUUCACGCACAACACCGUGGAGCAGGUCCGCGACUACCUCAGCACCAUCACCCGCGGCAUACAAGAGAGCGAUGACCGGCUCAAGCAGAUUGUGGGGCAGAGUUACCGCGACCUCAUUGCCGCCUGCGACCAGGUGGUGGGGAUGGAGCAGACCUGCAAGAAGCUGCUGCGGUUGCAGAGGGAGAUGCAUGUGGAGCAGCAGCUGACAUCGCCCGCCCCGUCGUCGCCGCAGGCUUUGCCAGCGGCGCUGGGACGCGGGAGCCCUUCGCGGCACGUGGGCGACUCCGCCUCCCUCGCGGCGAUGGCAGGAAGAGUCCUGGAGGAUGAGGCCGCGGAUGCCCAGGCGCACGGCGGCGGGACAGGCGCGGCGAACUCGGCCUCCUGUGACCGGCUACGGUUUCGGCAGCGCUGCAUCGCGAUUGAGGGGCUGCUUGGGGCGCGGCAGGUGCAGGAGGCGGCCACCGUCUGGAACGAGUUACGCGAUGCACUGGGGUGCGAGACGGCGUUCGCCGUCACACACGCGACGGCGCAGGAGGAGGCAUGCACGCCGUUAUUAUCCCACCUGCACGAGAAGAACCAGGAGCAGCCGUGCCUCUUGCUGGACUCGUACGGGAGCCGCAUUCGGCAGGCGAUUCGCGAGUUGCUCCGCAGGGACGCCGACGAUGCGGCGCGGCGCACGGUGGACGCGGCGGGUGCAGCCACGCGAGUGCCGCGUGGCGCUGGGGGUGUCGGCGACACGCAGCGUCCGGCGGCGGACUCGGCGGGGGGCGAAUUUAUGGCGGCCGCAAUGGCACACAUGGCAGAGGCGCAUGCGGCACUGGGCGUCCUGGACGCCGUCGCCGCCCCGGUUGCCCUGGAGCAACUGAUUGCACUCGUCGCUGCCAUGAUUGACGGGGAGCUGCAGUUACUCUCCGAGGCGAUCGCCGAAAGGACGCAGCGGCGACGCAGAAGGAGCCGUGGUGGGGGCGCAGCUGCGGCGGGGAGUGCCGGGGAGCAGUCAGCUGGGGCGGCGGCGUGGCUGGGGGCGAUUCUGCCGCUGCCGGCGUGGCUGCUGGACGACGCCGCGGCCUCGCAGCCAUCGACGGCGUGGACGCCGCCGUCGGCGGAGGCCACAAGUGCAGGGCACACAACCGCAGCGGCAACAGCGACAACGACGACGAUCGGUAGUGCGGCCACGAUGGCAUGCGGUGGGGGUAACGGUGAGGCAAACUCCGGGGGCAGUGACGCCGUCGUUGCCCUGCACCUGCUACAGCGCACACAGCAGCUGUUUUUUCAUCUUGCGGCCUACGCUGCGUCGGAGCUGCCGCGCCUCUGUGGUCCCGAGGCGGACGCUGGAGAUGAGGCCACGUCGCCGCAGAAAGAGGAGGUUGUCGCCGCUGUGGCAAACGACAAGGGGGAGGAGGCCGAAGGGUACAUGAAUUACCAGCGGCAGCAGCGUUCGUUGCAGUCGCUCCUCACACUUCGGGGACGGCUGUUGGCUCAGCAGCAGCAACAACAGCAACAGCAACAGCAGCAGGAAGAGGAAGAGGCGAGCAAAGAGGCGUUGGAGCUUAGCGUUCGCGUGCCUAGGCGCGUGGGUGGCGGUGAGGCACGAGACGUCCUGUCCAACUCCCAUCGCAGUGCUCCGGACGAGGCGGGGGAGGCCGCGAUGAAUGGAUCCACCUCACUCGCGCGACUCGCUCUCUCGGGUGGGCUCAGUGCGCCCAAGCGAUCGCGGCUGCGAACGACGUACAUCCGCGAGGUGAUGCGGCAGGUGUGCGGGAUGCAGCUGCUCGACCCGCAGCUGCUGCGGCGCCGGCGGCCGGCAAAGCCGUUCUCCGCGCCGGAUCGAAGCAUCGCUGCUGCAGCUGCGGGGUGGAGCUGCGGGGAGAUGGGGCGGAGACUGAUGGUCGUGCAGGCAACCGUGUCGGAGCUGCUGGGGCGCGUCGCGGACGCUGGUCUCCUGCGCAGCCCGCGUUGUGUGGCCCUGCAGGAGCGACUCGCACUGCAGGAGGCCGCGCGACUGCAGCAGUGGCUCGGGCAAAAGCAGCUGCCAGGGUGUGGUGCUCUUCGACGCCGCGCGGUGGAACGAGACGGUGCGCAACGCUACGGAGCGCGCCCUCGUAAAGGCGGUACGUGCCGCCCUGCGCAAGGCGGACGUCGUCUGGAACGCCACUCUGCAAUGCAUCCAGCUGGAGGGCCGCCAUGCCGAGCGUGCGGCGUCGCCAAGCUCACCACAGAGGCAGCAGCGGCUGCAGCUGGAUGCGCCCGGCGUGGAGGCCGCCGCGACAGCGCGUCCAGUGACUCUGUCGCAGCUGUCCCAGCGGCUCCUGUCCCGCUCACUCUCUGUGAGCCAACUCAUUGCCGCGGUACACCGCGGCGACGGAGAUGUAACUGCGUCUCUUUUGUCGCCUGCAGCCCCGACGCGGCGCGUGCGCGCGGCGGGGAAGGAGGUCGCCACGACGAACGCGCUCCUGGCCCGUGCUGUGGUCCAGUGUGUGUGGUCGGACUCCGCGGCGGCGGCGGCUGA